CGCAGCCAAUCGGCGCCGUUGUUGCGGCGCGGCCCGGAGUGGAGGCCGCACUUCGGCCUCGGCCUCAGGUGAAGCGGAGCCUCGCCUUCCUUCCCCCUCCCCGCGGCGCCGUUCGCCAUGGAGGAGCGCGGAGCGGCCCGGAGUUGUGUGAUGGAUUCAGCGGAUAAUUCUUCCGCCCUGAAUGGGGAAGAAAUUCCUGCAGCCCCCAAUGAGCCUGGGACUGGGCAUCGCAAGCCCUGCCCUGGGGAGGAGAUGUGGGAUCGUGCAAGGUGCGGCCGGUCAUCGAAGAAGCGAGAGGAGGUGUCCCCACGGACAGCCGAGAAACUGGACUCCAGCACGGUGCCAAAGAAACGGGAUCAAUUAUCGCCCAAAAGACAGGAGCAGGCCGAAAAAUGUCAACGGAAAAGUAAGAUCCAUCGAAAGGUUGGACAGAGACAUGCACAUUUCCUUCAUGGCCCAUCACCAGAUACACACUUUGGACCCAAAGCCUCCAUUUUGCAGAACUCCACGAGUAUUGUGCAAAUUCAGGAUCCAACUAGUCAAAGAUUGAUCUGGGCCAAACCCCCAACGAAUGUACUGGUCAUCAAAAAAGUCAAGGAUGAAGCCCUUCUCGAACCAUUCAAGGAGCUGUGCACUUUUCUCAUUGAGAAGAAGCACUUGGUUGUGUUUGUGGAGAAGAAGGUGGUAGAUGACACAGCGCUUGCGAAAGACACAGACUUUGAGCGCAUCAGGCAGCAACUUAGCCCCUUCCGCGAAGGUUACGACGAGUUGUCUGGCUACAUAGACCUCAUCAUUUGUCUUGGUGGUGAUGGCACAUUGCUGUAUGCUUCCUCACUCUUCCAGACCAGCGUCCCUCCUGUAAUGGCGUUCCAUCUUGGCUCGCUGGGUUUUCUUACUCCGUUUAAGUUUGAGUCCUACAGAACAGAAGUGACCAAAGUGAUUGAAGGAGAUGCCAGGAUAAUUCUGAGGAGUCGUCUGAAGGUGAAGGUGGUUAAGGCUUUAAAAACAGCAGAGCCAGAGAGGAAUUACCAAGUGGAGGAUAACGGACUGGUCCCACAGAGUCAUAUUAACAACGAGACACAAAAGGCCUUCAUGCAAAUACAUGUGCUGAAUGAACUGGUGGUGGAUCGAGGUCCUUCUUCAUACCUCUCCAAUGUGGAUCUGUACUUGGAUGGGCGACUCAUCACAUCUGUCCAGGGUGAUGGUGUGAUUGUGUCUACCCCGACAGGGAGCACAGCGUACGCUGCAGCGGCAGGUGCCUCUAUGAUGCACCCCAAUGUCCCGGCCAUCAUGAUCACCCCUAUCUGCCCCCACUCCCUUUCCUUCCGACCCAUCGUGGUGCCUGCUGGAAUGGAACUGAAGAUAAUGCUGUCACCCGACACUAGGAACAUGGCAUGGGUGUCCUUUGAUGGCAGGAGCAGGCAGGAGAUACAACACGCGGACAGCAUCACGGUGACCACGUCCUGCUACCCAGUGCCGUCCAUCUGUUGCCAUGACCUGGUGUACGACUGGUUUGACAGCCUCGCCGAGUGCCUCCAUUGGAACGUCCGCAAAAAACAGUCGCGCUUCGAAGAAAUCACGGAUUCUUCAGACACUGAAUGUUAGUCAAAGAACCCCCCAUUCUGUACCCAGAUCCAUGUCAUCUUGAAGGAAUGAUUAAGCCCGGAAUCAGCAAGUGGGGAAAGAAUGCAUCGGCUUCCUUCACUGUGGACCUGAAUUUGGAUGUUACUAUUUUAUUGCCUUUCUUUCAAGGUGCCUUUAUGAAUAAGUUAACAGAUUUAUGGAACAUGUCCUUGCCACGGUUGUAAAUGUAAGAAAAUUGGAACAUUUUGGCAUGUACCCUUGACUUAAUGGAUGACUCUAUCACCUGGGUCAGAAGGUUGGACUCCAGAGACUUGAGCAUAAUCUUCUCCCAUUGCAGAGGGAGUGCUACAGUGCCAGAGGUGCUGUUUUAGAUGCAUUAGUUCUGCUGUGAACAUAAGUAUCCAUAUUGUUUAUUUUUAGAGCAGGAGAUGCAUCUUCAUUACCCAGUUAAUCUCCAGCACUGAACCUGAUAGUCAUCGUUAUUGCUCUUUAUGGAAUUGACCACAGUGACUGAAUUUCAAAAGUAACCUGAUUGAAUGUAAAGCACAUUGGAAUAUUCUGAGGUUAUAAAUUGUGCCAUAUAAAUGUAACUCUUCCAACAAAUUACUUUUAAGUCCAAAGCUUACUAGCACAGACCGGGUUUAUUCCCAGUUGCUGGUUGAAGGCAAAUCAGUCUCUACCUCAAAUGUCCCAAAUGUUAUCAUCUGGCUUAGAUAUUAGCCUCUUAUUGCCAAUGAAAUGAUGCCCCCUCUGUCAACAGAACAAGGUCUGUAAAUGGGAUCAAACAUUCCACUCAUAGUGAAAAUAGAAAAUAAUUUUGAGAAUGGUUACUGUUUCAAAGAAAAAAACAUUAAAAAUAUGAUCAAUUUUGAGGUCUGUCAUUU